AUGACACUAUUUCGAACAUCUCUCCCAGAAUUGCAUGCCUACUUCGAGACGGAAGAAGUGGAUGUACUCGCUGUAGCCACUAGCUGGCUGCAACAUUUACUUGCUCGUGAGAUGCAGAUGGAUGACCUCAUGCGAUUGUGGGAUACCUAUUUUGCCGUGCCAGACUUGCUCGACUUGCAUCUUUAUGUUUGCUUGGCCAUUCUUAUGAACUGCAAAGAUGCGCUCGAGGAUCUUGAUCGUUCUGAAACUAUGAGCAUGCUAUGUUCGCUUCCUUCCCUGGAUGUAGAUCGUGUAAGUGACCUAGCGCUAACCCAGAUCAUUAGCGACGCUGUCAAUAUCCGCCUUAGCCUUGAGCAUGAUGGCCUGUAUGAGUAG